AUGAUGUGGUUCUUGUGCAUCACAAUACUCUUGUUUUGUGCUAAAGGGAAUGCUUCUGAUGAAGCUAAAGGCGACAAAAAUGUAGUUGUAGAUUGUAGCACAUUACGCUUAGGCCAAUAUAUUUGUCCAGAUCCUAGUAAAAACCAAAUUAACCCAGUCACUCAGCAGUUUUUUGGUUGUACUAAAGGAAAGGAUAUUCCAUCAGAAGGAGAAGCUGAUGUUCUAUGUAUAGCUGCAGAAGGAAUAAUUUGUAAUGACACUAAAAAUUCUACAUUUACAAGGAAAAUGCCCUGUAAAUGGACAAAUGGAUAUUCAUUGGAAGUUGCAUUAUUGCUGUCAGUGUUCCUUGGUAUGUUUGGAUUGGAUAGAUUCUACCUAGGUUAUCCAGGGAUUGGAUUAGCAAAGUUGUGUACUCUUGGCUUUAUGUUCCUUGGACAAUUAUUAGAUAUCAUACUUAUAGCAGCACAGGUUGUAGGACCUUCAGAUGGUUCUGCAUUUGUAAUACCAUAUUACGGAGCUGGGGUCACUGUGGUCAGAAGUGACAAUGAAACUUAUUUGCUACCGCAGGCAGAUUGGCACAAUAUUACC